AAGUGCUUUCUGAAGGUAAGUCGGAAGGCAGAAGGGGUGCACGAGACGGCUGCGCGCGCCCGCUCCCGUGUGUGAACGCUCCAAAAAAUGUGUUAAGAAUUUGAAAAGGUGAAUCUGUUACACUGGAAGAUAAACACAACAGCCGUUCAUCAGUCGUAAGGAUGUGAACAAGAUCACCGGUGAAGUUUUCCCAUGCACCUACAUCCCUUCCAUUCCGACCUUCUAGAAUGUUCCUGAAGACAGUUCCUCCGGUGGUGGCUAUUCACUCAGAAUGGAGGUCCAAUAAGAGCUGCAGGCUGCCUCUCUUUUUCAGUGACAGUGCCUCUGACAGUGACCUUGUCUCUGUGAGCAGCACCCCCAUCCCACAGAAGAUCCAGAUGAUUAUAGAGAGCCUCCACAGCACCCAGUCUUCGGACAUGAGCGAAAACGUGCAGACCGAAAAGGCUGCUCAUUCCAGCCACGAGGCUGGCUACAAGGGUCAAAUGAGACUCAUGGACUUGUCUGCGAGAUCCCGGCGAACAGGGGCGGACACUAAGCUACAGACCGCCAGACCAGAUACUGGUGAUGAUUCGGACAGUGACGAUUCUGUGGACAGAGGCAUUGAGGAGGCCAUUCAGGAGUAUUUAAAGGAGAAGGUGGACCACAAGCGCAAAGGGGAUCCGAUGACAAGUUCGACCCCAGCGCCCAAGCUUCAGCGGAGGGAACCAACUGUCCCAGAUGCUGCUAAACAACACACACAUUCCAGUAGUGGUAAGGUGCUAACUGCUAGCAAUCAUAUACAGAAAGCCUUCAGUGAAACGCAGCCCCUAAAGAAGAAAGUCAAGAAGAAGAAGCUAAGCAAAGAAAAUCCCUUUAAGAAAGCAGACACGAGUAAGGUUGUGCCUAUAAAAAGUCUUCCUCCUCCCAGAGCUAAGAAAGGAUCUUCCUCGUCUUCAGAGAUGGACAGAUCUCCACCUUGUCUAGUCAUUAAAGAGGAAGAGGAAUGGCUUGAUUCAAGCAGUGAUGAUGGAAUUGAAGAGGAGAUUCAGAGAUUCCAGCAGGAGAAAAAAGAAAAACAGGAAGGUGAAAAAGAUGCCCUGAGAUCUUCGCGACAAAGGGUGGACUCUGUAUCGAGCAGCGAUGAAGGUAUUGAGGAAGCCAUCCGUCGCUUCCAGGAAGAAAAACACAAGCAGAAGAAAAAGAAAAGUCCUCUCAAACCUGCUCAACUUGUGCCUGCGCAACGUAGCAGAUCAGCCGUCACUUCUACUGAAUGCAUGAGCACUCAGUCAUUCAAAGUACUGUCCAAGAAGAGCAAGAAGAAGUUGACGACCAAGAAGUCUAAUCUCCCUACACCACUGGGUGUAAGCCACUUUUUGAACAAGUGUACAUCCCAGGGCUCUAAAGUCAAAGGGUGUGCACCACCCCUUUCAAACCCAAAACAAACCCACACUGAACAUCAGAUCCUUUCCAGUCUCAAGGUCAACACUGCUGAGCUGAUGUGUGCUGAGGCCAUUCUAGACAUCUCCAAAACCGUCAUGCCCGAGGUGUUUGAGCCUAACUUAAGCAUUGCUAACAGAAAUUUGCUUCAGACGCCAACAUUCCUCACUGUUGCACCAUCUGCGGAUAAAAGUGAUGAAAGCUCUGUAGACAGUGAGGAUGGAAUUGAACAAGAGAUAAGAAAAUUUUUGGAACAUAAAGCAAAGAUGAACAAAGAGCUUCCAAAAACAGCAGGUGCACCUACGCCAGCUUCAGGAGAUCCCACAGCAAGCAAAGAACCAAAGAAGAAGAUGAAGGAAAUCCAGCCGAAUAAAGCAGUAAGGCUCUCACUGUCAAAAAAACGCAAGUUCAAAGAAGAACAAAGCAAACUUUCCAGAGAUGGUGAAUUAGUUUUGAAUGUUAAAGAGGAGCCUCCAGGGACACCUCUGAUUCAUAGUUACGCCACCAGACCAGAGCUUUUAACCACUCCCACUGUGACUUCACAUUCAAGUAGUCUAGCCACCAUGAACUCCCCACCUCGUAAGGGUACAGAUAGUAGUGCACCCAAAGACAAAGGUUCCACUUACAGUAUGUCCAGCCCAAAGACUGUGAUUGGCUCAGAGAGAAACGACAGCAGUGACAAAAGCAGCUCCCUGGACAGUGAUGAGGAUCUAGAUGCUGCAAUUAAAGACUUGCUUAAGACAAAGAAAAAAGUCAAAAAGAAAGUGAGAGACAUGAAGGCAAGAAAAAGCGGCAGACCUUCCGAGGCAUCAUCUUUGGAUGCUGUGAAAAACCAGAAACCUUUAACAGACCAGAAGAGCAUCCCACCUUCCAAGCUUGUUAAGUCUGGCAUCUUGAAAGGUGGCAAAGAGACACUGAAUGUUCAGACUAAAAAUGACAAGGGUGAUAAAAGCAAAGCAGUUAAAGGCAAAUCGGAAGUCCAGAACAUCAAACAAUCUAAAAGCCAUGCACAAGCCGACAAGGUGACUGGGAAUGGUGGGGUUCCCAAGCCACAAGAUGUGGACAUACCUUCCAGUCCACAUGCAGAUGAAGGUGACAGUUCUGUGGACAGCGAUGAUAGCAUUGAGCAAGAGAUCAGGAGAUUUCUAGCUGAAAGAGCCAAGGAGUCUGCGCCUCUCGCUGCAAACACCAAACAAGAGGAGGGGGCCGUAGACUCCUUGACCUCACCUGCGGAGUGUGAUUUUAAACCAGAACCUCAAACGAUUCUAAUUGAAACUCCAGUUUCUACUUCAGCAUCAAUCUCUGGUAGACUCUUCAAAAGUGAAACGCAAGCAGAAUCCAUAGGCAUACCUGCAAGAUCCACGGAUGCACCUGCAGAACUCAACAAGGGACCAGUCCUGACACCAGGCAGCUCUUGCAUUAUGGGUUUUAGGAGGACCGAAAGUCAAAAAUUUGAGAUUUCAACUCAACGAGAUCCAAACAACGGCAGCUCCCAGAUAGGAAAGGACACUCCAACAAGUCAUACCAUCAAACCCAACUCCUUCACUAUGCCCUCUGAGAGCUCAGAGAUGCCCCAAUCAUUGGGUUAUCAACACCAGAACCUAUUCCUGAUGAGACCUGUUAACAGCAGUAUGAGCGACGUCAAGGAACUUUCCUCGGCAGACAGUAAUGACCUUGCCGUCAGCCGCCAGAGUAGAUCAGCCACUAGGAUGCCUUUGAAGGAAGUAAUUAGUUCUCUUUGUCCAUCGCCUAUCUCGAAACCUCAAAUUAGUUCCCCUGCUGUCUCCACUGGUGACCUCUCGACCUCGGCGACCCCUAGGGGCAGGACAGAGAGACCUUACUUGCAAAACCGCCUGAAAAUUGACCGACGCCUCUCAGAUAGACCACACUUAUCCCCCGCCACCUCACACCUGUGCCAGCCCUCACCUGUACUGCAGGACCACCAGGAAGGCAGUGUAAUCCAGUUACAACUGGACCAGGCUGCUUUCCCAGCACCCUUAGCAAAAACAAACCACCUGCAGGUCAGCCAGAUUGAGGCAAUUGAGUCCACUGCAAGUUUAGGAGAAAGACAAAGGGAGGGAGGAAGUGUUAGCAAGGAAGAGAAAGAGCAGGAAGAUAAGGAAGAGAAAUGUGUUGAUGAGACAGAUGUAGAAUCAGAUGAAGAAAGGAAAGAUCAGAAGAAAAAAGACAGGAGGAUGCAGCCCCCUAAUCAGUGAGUACCUACCUGUUCUCUCCAGACACACACACCUAUCAGUUGAGGGAACAUGGUCGCCAGAAGCCCAGUACGUAUCCAUGCUCUUGUUCCAUCUAAAAUACGAAAGACUUCUUCAUAAAAUUGGUAUUUUGGUCAUUGGUUCGGGCGGAUCUAUGGAUCCAAAUCUGUGAUUUGCAGGUAUUUUGCAAGAUUCCCAACCAUACAGCCGACAUUUUCCUUCGGCUUUAAACAUUAGUUGUUUUAUUUUAGCAUUAGCCUGACGGACUGCAGCGUGUCAUCCUGCAUUUCAAUGUUUCUCUCUUUUUGUACUGUAUUAUUUAGGUUCCAAGGGAGGUCACCUAGGACUCUUUGAGUGUACCACAUCCUUUUUUUGUAUGUUUGUACAUUUAUAAAUAUAUUUAAAAGCAGACAUGAUGUCAUGAGAAGAGAUUAAACUUUGUUUUUUAUUGUUUUAGUGUUGUAUUUUCUCUGCAGCAGCUGCUGCAUUUCUGAAUGGAUCCUGGUUUACAAACUUUGCUUUUUGAGAAAUUUUAAUUAGAGACUUCGAAAAGUAAGGUUUAUGAGUUUACAUGUUAAAUAGUUCCCAGGUUUAAAUAUUUACCCUAAGAAAGUCAGUUUUUUUUUCUGCAAAAAAUUCCACAAGUUAAAUACAACCAUGAAAAUUGCGUCUUUAAGUACUAAAUUGAAUGAAGGACUGCAGAAUGUAAAGGCCAAGGGAAUGAAAACGCUUUUGUUUGCAUCAGUGCAUAUUAAGUUGUUACCCAUUCACAAUGGUUCAGCAUCAUCAUUUAGACCCUUGACCUCUGAGAAGAUGGUCUGAGUCACCUUUCAGUAAUGUUCCUGAGGUUUCUAAAUGAGGAAAAUCUCCUCACUUCAACAGUGAAUGACUAAGAUGGGCCUCAUUUGUGAAACACAAGCAGAAUGAAUUUCCAUAAAAUAGUUCCCAAAGCCCUUCUUGUGUAAAUUGUUCCAUUCAAUUCAGCAUGACAGUCUACGCAAGAAUAUUUUUUGAGAAAUUUGUUCUGCUUGUUUCAUAAAUGACACCCUUUAUGUAUUUAUAUAGAAUGUGUAUGAAAAACAGCCAUUUACUUGGUAUUUAAAUUUUACAGAAAAACUCCAGUAGCAGUUAAUGUAUCCUUGAUGAUUUUUUUAUUAAAUCUUCAAAUCACUAACUUGCUCUAAACAAGCAUAUUUUUUUCACAAUGUUCCCUCUUAACACAUUUAAUGUACUUGGGAAUUCUUUAUAUUCAUGUCAUAACCAGGUUAUUUUUUGUACAACUACAACAUUCAAAGAUUUAUAUCAGACUGCAUAUUACAAGGAUGAAACUCUCUCUUUCAGUGUCUCAAAAUUCAGUCAUCUUUUCUUUGUUGCACAUUUCUGCAUACUUAUCAAAUCGCAUUUGUCAAGUCACACCAGUCCCUCCCUCUCUUUGCACCUGUUUCUUAGUUCCUGUUUCUGUUGCUUAUUAUAUGUAGGUGUUUCCUAUGUGAAAAGAAUGUUAUUUAUUUUUGUUUAUAGAAGAGAAGAAAGUAAAGACUCAUGCUGACUAUGCUGGGCAUUGCCAGCUUUCAUAAAUAUUUUGCAAAAAAGAAAAAAAUAAUUUUUUUGGUCCCCUGCUUUGCACAGAGAAACAAAACUCAAACUGUAUCUCUGAAGAUGUAUAAUAAAAAUUGACUUUGAGACACAA